AUCAGCUAAACAGCUAAUCAUUAAUCAUGGCAGCUAAAUUCUUCGUUGUGUUCGCCUUGGUCGCGGCCGCAUCCGCUCUCCCCGUAGUGCCAGUGGGCAAGUUGGCGUACGCCGAGCCCGAAGCCCCGGCGCACUACGAGUUCCAGUACCAAGUGCAGGACCAGCACAGCGGAGACGUGAAGCAGCAGCACGAGGCCCGCGCCGGCGACGCGGUGCACGGCUCCUACUCGCUGGUCCAGCCCGACGGCGUCCACCGCAUCGUGGACUACACCGCUGACGCCGUGCACGGCUUCAACGCCAACGUGCGCUACGAGGGCACUCCCGUCCAGGCCCCACAGCCCGCUAAGCUCGCCUACGCCGCUCCAGUUGCCUACGCACACGCCCCCGUCGCUAAGGUCGCCUACGCCGCCCCAGCUGCUCGCAUCUCUUACGCCGCCCCAGCUGCCCAGAUCUCCUACGCUGCCCCAGCGGCCCAGAUCUCCUACGCCGCCCCAGCUGCCCGCAUCGCCUACGCCGCCCCAGUCGCCAAGGUCGGCUACAGCGCUCCACUCACCCACUUCUCCUUCUCAUCUCCUGCCGUCUCCUACCACCACUAAACUCUUAUUUAUUAAACUUAAUUUAUUGUUAAAAAUAAAAAGUAAGCAAACA